UAUUUUGAUAAAUCCUUAAAAGUUUUGGUAAACUGUUAUAUAUAUUAGACCUCGAGUUGCAAAGCGAUCUUGGUUUCUAAGGUGAUGAUGCCAUAUUCACAUGGAAGAAAAAAUUAAUUUAGAGGAGAUUGAGAUGUGGUGAGUAGGGGGAAGAAGAAGGGUGUUUAUAUAAGGGAUAAGGUGGGGUAUAAAGGCAAAAAAAAUUAUUUUGGGAAUCCCGAUUGUAAGGCUCAGAAGCAAUCAAAUCAAGGUGGUUGAAAUGGCUAGAAAGGAAAUGUUCCCUAUAAGGGAUAAGGGAUAAGGGAUAAGGGAUAAGGUGAUGAUGCCAUAUUCACAUUGCAGAUGAAAUUUGUAGGUUAUUGAGCUUCAUGACAUCACUGUGAAUUCAAUCACAACUUAAAACUAUGACUACGUCUCCCUCAAAGCGAGAGAGAAAUAAAUCUUUAAACCCUAAAAUUUCAACACACAAAAUGAAGAAAAAAUUAAUUUAGAGGAGAUUGAGAUGUGGUGAGUAGGGGGAAGAAGAAGGGUGUUUAUAUAAGGGAUAAGGUGGGAUAUAAAGGCAAAAAAAAUUAUUCUGGGAAUCCCGAUUGUAGGCUCAGAAGCAAUCAAAUCAAGGUGGUUGAAAUGGCUAGAAAGGAAAUGUUCCCUAUAAGGGGUGUUUUCCUCUGACAUGUCAAACAUGUGGCUUGAAAACACAUCCUAUAGGAAAUGUUUUCAUUGCCAUGUUAGACGAAAGCGUCCCAUGUAAGGAGCAUUUUCUCUAUGGCUAUUUCAACCACAAAACUUGAUUGCUUUUAAGCCCCUACAACCUAGAAUUUUUGGGAUAAACUUGAUAGAGGAAAAUGUAGAAAUCACAGGUGUCCUAAUUUAUCAUUCUAACUCGACUUUAAAUUUUCUCGAAUCGAGUCAAGUGAAAUAAAAUUUGAGUCGAGUGGAAGUUUUUGAGUUAAAUUAAACAUGCCAAGUUAAAAUCUUCUGCCAAUAUAACUAAUUCUAUGUUAAAGCACAUAAAUUUAAAACCAUAUAUAUUUUAAAAUUUUUCCAAAGCAAAAUAAAAAAAAAAUAGUAUGAUAAACUUGAAUUGUUAAUUAACUUGAUUGCAUACAAACCAAAACAAUUUAAUAAAAUUGUUUUGUACAUCAUAAAUAAGUGUACCUUUUGAAUGUAAAACAAAAUAUAUAAAAAAUUACAAAAUAACGCAAUCAUGGGCAUCUUGAAUGUGUGCCACAAUCGGGUGGGCAUCGAGCAUGCCUAAGAUUAUGUCACACUAUUGCGUUUGGCGAUUGCUCGUCAACUUCGGCCUCACCUUGACGUGCACGUCUCAAUCUCUGACUUCGUCUCCUUCCUCCGUGGUUGAACCCGAUCGUGUCCUAGCCACUCAUCGUGGAUGGGUUGAGUCAACGGUUGUGAGGACGACCCAUCUUGGUAGAACAACGAUGCUGAGGUAUUUACAACACUAUCGAUGAGCCAUUAUAUGGUGUCACCUAGCUCGAUUGCAAAUAGAAUGUGGGAACUAAAGGUGAUAUCGAAUGUGUCAGUGUUGUUGGCGGGACUGGUAUGUAAUAUGGCACGGUGGGUAUCGGUCGUGCAUAAUAUAUCCCUAGAGAAGGUGUUGAUGCAGGGAAUGGUGGGGCUUGUUUUGGUGAUUGUUUAAAAUAAAUUGGUGCUGCAUGUGUUGAUGUAUGGAAUGAUUGUGCAUGUUGUGGUGGUUAUGUAAAAUAAACCAUGAUUGAAGGUGAUGAUACAGGGAAUGAGUGUGCGUGUUGUGAUGGUUAUGAUGAGUGGGGGAUCCAAUUUAGUCCCCCUAAGCAUGCGAGUAGCGUAUAAAAAGCCUGUAUCUCACAAGUGUCCAUGAAUGACCUUCGGUGCUUCUUCGCUUAAAUUGUUUAUGUACGUCUCUAAAAUUUAAUAUUCGGGCUGAGUAUAUAAACAUAAAAAUUAAUAAUCUAAACAACUUAAUAAUUAACUAUUUAAAUAAACUUACUUACCAUUUGUAAUUGAACAUGAGAGAUAUACUUGUCAUCAAAAGGAAUAAAUUGAUUUGUCUUUUAAAGUUUUAUAAGAAAAGAAUAAAAUCAAAGAGAAUAAAAUUCAAAAAAUAUUUAAAACAAUAUUUGAGGAUUGAAAGUUUGAAAUUGAAAAUUAAAAUUUGGAUAUUGAAAAUAUAAAAUUAGAAAUUGGGGAUUGAAAAUUGAAGAUUAAGAAUUUAGGAAGAAAGAAUGAGUAUGGAGUAUUUUGGUGAAAAGAAUGAAUUUAGGGGUUUAUAUAUGAAUUUUUAUGAUUGUUGGAUUUUAGUACCAUUAAAGGAAAACGCACCUUACAUUUUCAUAUAACCUAAUUUAAAAAAAACUAUAUCUUGCAUGAAACUCUCCUUAAAUAUUUUUUUAAAAAAUAACCUAAUUUAAAAAAAAAAUUCACCAUUUUCAUAUAAAAUAACCUCUAAAAACUCUCCUUUUUGAAAGCUUUUUCUAAGCUUGUAUUAACUUUUCUUUUCUAGAGUUUCCCGUGCUAUUUUGUAUAUUAAAUAUGAUACAACAUGAAAAAAGCAGCAGCGGCCGCAAUGUGCACGCUGAAAAGUACUAGUAAAAGACAAGUCUUCCACGCCAAGAAAAGGCAAGGAUGGGAUGGGAACUGAGCUACGUUUGUCGGGGUUUAGCCACGACUUAUACACCUAUCUUAUGAUCCAUACAAAAGAUGCCGCGUCCCCUUUUUAUCCAUUUUGGGAAUGCACAAAUAAGUCAAAUAGAAAAUAUCAAAUGUUGUGUUUUCCUUCGAUCCCAAGGAAUCCUUAGCUAACCCUCACCAAAAAUAGAUUACAACGUCAAGAUUUCCACUGCUUUCCAUAAUACAAUACACCACACAAAACCCAAAGACAAAGUUAAACCCUUACUUCGUCAAAGCCUCUGAGAUCAUUCCUGACCCAGUGUUCCCUUUCUCCUUUUUCUGCUCCUAAUUUAUUCUGUUUCCUUUCAUUACAUAUUUACGUCACUAGCUAUAUAUAUAUACAUACUUCGAUUUCCUCUCUGUCAGGUUUUUUUUCUCUUUUUUUUGUUGAAUCAGGUACCUAUGAAAAUAAAGCGCAGUUCUUGUGAUACGGAGGAUGGUUUUAUUGCUAGUAAUAAGAAACCACGCACAAGGAGGAGUGGACGUAAAUCAGUAGAGGACACUAUUGAGAAGUGGAAGAAGUACAACAACAACAACCAACUUGGCUUGGGUGAAGAAGAUGGCCUCAAAAAGGUUUCUAAGCUUCCUGCCAAAGGUUCCAAAAAGGGGUGUAUGCAAGGGAAAGGAGGCCCCGAGAACUCCAGAUGCAAGUACAGAGGUGUAAGACAAAGGAUAUGGGGGAAGUGGGUAGCUGAAAUCCGACAACCCAUCAACAGAAAUCGUCUAGCAAGUAAAGGAAACAACAGGCUUUGGCUUGGAACCUUCUCUAAUGCCAUUGAUGCAGCUCUUGCUUAUGAUGAGGCAGCGAAGGCUAUGUACGGUUCUUAUGCUCGUCUCAAUUUCCCUGAUCAUCAUUCCAAGGAAUCGUUAGAUAACUCCACUACUGAGAUAGGUUCAAUCGAAUCUACUUCAACGUCAACUUUGGAUGAUAAAAGAGCUAAUUAUGAGACCCCUGCAGUAGAGCCUGUUGAAGAAUCUAAGGUACUCCUAGAGAUUAAUUCGACAGGCAAACAUGAUUAUUCUCAAGUUUGUACGGAGGAGGAAGCAGAGGACACUGCAACAGAUGCCAGAGCCAGUGAAUCAACAGGAUGCAAUUCAAGUAAAGAGCUUAGAAUCCACAACUCUAAUGGUAUCAAUGAGCUUAAAGAUGAGGAAUACCAAUUAAGGAACAGUUGUAUGGAUUCUGAUUAUUAUAACACGCAGACAACCUUGGAGAGAAGAGGAACAGAAUCAGAAAGUGACUUCAAUUUUAGAUACAAUUACCUGGAUAAUGAAGACCAAGAUGCUGGCAUUGCAAUAUUUGAGUUGGAUCCGUUUAAGGAUGUUAAAGUUGAGACGCCCGUAACAAGGGAAAACUGGGAAGGUGAGCUUGCUGGAAGUAUUGAAUCCGGUAAGGGGUAUAGUGAAGAUGAUAACUUGAAGACUGAGCUUACGGAUUCAGAUAUUUAUCGUAAGCCUAUAAGUGAAAUGAAAGCAGAAGGGAGUAUAUCAAGGGACGAAGUGGAUGUUGAACCUGGGGGGUUUAAUGAUUUCUAUAACUACAACUGUUUUGAUGAUGUUUAUGAUCUCAAGCGCUAUGUGCCCCCAGAUUCGAGCUGCCAGCAACAACUAAAUACUCCCACAUCUGUUGGUGGUGGCUUUAACUGGUCCGCUAACAAAUUGGAGAGUGUGCAUAGUUGGUCAGGAGAAGCCAUAGCUGAUGUGAAGCCUUUUGCCUUAAUUAGAAAUGACAAGUACGGAUUGGGAGGUGGACUGCAGGAGAGUGGGAACCAAGAUGAAACAGGCUUUGAUUUAGACCACACCAUGGAAUAUUUGAGGCCUGAUGUUGAUUUGGACUUCCUAGAAGCCAUAAAACACACUGAUUUAUGGUCUCCCGAGCGUGAAUUUUAGAAACUUUGGGGCAUCUUUUAGUUGCUGCCUGCCUAGUAUUUUAGUUAAAAUCAAACGUGUCGUUAGAGAAAAUAUGGUUUCUCAUAGGAAAUUUUGUCUGUUGUAGUAUUCUGAUUAUUUGCGGUUCAUUAUUUUUUAGAACUGUUUUCUUCAUUUCAUGUUCGUUUUGAGUGUUUUCUCAGCAUAUCUGCUGAGCAAGUAAAUAUAUACAGUUUUUACUUUUAA